UCAUUUGUAUCUAUACAUUACAUCCUUUCUUCACAAGCUUCAAGAAUCAAACUCCCAGUCAAGAAAAUGGCUUUGGUGAGAAGUGUCUUCAGCGCAAAGAAGAUUCUUGGCGGCUCUAUAACAAGAACAAGCAAGGCACCACCAAAAGGGUUUCUUGCGGUGUACGUCGGUGAGAGCCAGAAGAAGCAGAGGCACUUUGUACCAGUCUCAUACUUGAACGAGCCUUCAUUUCAAGAUCUUCUAAGUAAAGGCGAAGAAGAGUUUGGUUUUGACCAUCCGAUGGGUGGCUUGACAAUCCCUUGUCCUGAAGAUACUUUUAUCAGUAUAACGUCUCAACUCCAAGGAUGAAGAUGAUGAUCCAACAAAACUACAUUAACAAUUUUAUUUUUUUUACUCAAACUAGAGAUGUAUGAGUAUUCGAUGUAAAUAGAUUGACAUUUUUUGCUCCUCUUUCCGUUUUGAUGGAGUUUGUUCCACUGGAUUUAGAAACAUUUGAUGUGAAUGCCAUCUUUGUUUA